UGUGUAUGAGUGUGUGUAUGAGUGUAUGAGUGUGGGUGACUCCAGUGUUUGAGUAAGACCCCCCUUCUGGCUAGGCCUUACAUCUCUACCAUGCGUACCCCUCUCAUCCGUCCUGGAGCCUGUUCAGCCACAACAAGCUAUCCCUAAGAGCUCUAAAACUGACCACUAACUUUGCAGACAGAUGACCCUUGAGCAGCCAGAAGAGACUGGAACACUCUACACUGUCCCCCUCAUCCGCCGGCUUGGAUCCUUUGGCAGAGUCCUUCUAGGCUCCAGGCUGGAAUCCUGACCAUGGAACCUUGAAGCGACUCUGCUUUCCUGAGCUUAGCGGUGGACCCCAGCACUCCAGACCCUUACUGCCUCUCCCACAGCCCGUUUUCAAGCUCCGAGAGGGAGGGGUAGGGAGGUGAUCCGGCUUUCACUAGGCUGGGGGUUUCCAUCAUGAUGCUCAACUCUGACACCAUGGAGCUGGACCUGCCUCCCACCCACUCGGAGACCGAGUCGGGCUUUAGCGACUGUGGGGGCGGGCCGGGCCCGGAUGGCGCCGGGUCGGGGGAUCCCGGAGUGGGCCAGGUCCGAAGCGCAGAUCUCGGAGAAGCCGGCCGCAAAGACCUGCAGCACCUGAGCCGGGAGGAGCGCCGACGUCGGCGCCGAGCCACGGCCAAGUACCGCACAGCACAUGCCACGCGAGAACGCAUCCGCGUGGAAGCCUUCAACCUGGCCUUCGCCGAGCUGCGCAAACUGCUGCCCACUCUGCCCCCAGACAAGAAGCUUUCCAAGAUUGAGAUCCUGCGUCUGGCCAUCUGCUACAUCUCCUACCUGAAUCACGUGCUGGAUGUCUGAACUCAGCCCGCCUCCCACCCUGGAUUCUCCCCUCCUCCUGGGGCCUCUUCUGAGAUCCCUGCCACCAUGCAUUACCUAUGGCUGUCUUCUUCCCAUCCCAGAGGACCGGGCUCACACCGCUGGUCCUGAAGGCCAGUUUCUUUUCAUUGACCUAGGCUUGUGAGGGAUGCUCUCGUGGGUUCUUUCAGAGAGUUGUUAGGGCCUAGCUGAUCAGAGCUGCUUGCCUGAGUGGUCAGAAUGGAGCCCUUGCUGGAUUUACUUACCCUAGCCUCUGGUCAGCUGCUGCCUCUUCUGCCCUAUGUCUAAGUUUUCAGAGACCUUAGACCCAUUAUUCUCUUCUGGCAAUGGUGUGGGAUUCAGCAUCAGAAUCCAAAGGGGAAAUGACCAGUGGGAGAGCGAGGAGUGGGUUCCUAAGUCCCAGACUUCUCCAGCCAUGCCUGGGAGAGGAAUGGGCUCUUGGGACAGAAAAAUGAGUGAGGUGACUCCUGGGUAGCCAGGGGUUAUAGAAAAAGUCUGCCCUUCCUUUCCUAUCUUACUCCUGAGGCUUAGAAUUAUAUAGACCUCAGAUCUUACUUGGUAGUGAGUGCCUUGCCUUCUCUAGGAGCUGUCUGACCGCUCCCGUCUCUUCCCACUUCUGCCAUUCCAGUUUUCUCCUUUCCCCUGUGGCAGCUAGCAAAAGGAAAACCUCAGUCCUGGGAUGAAAAUGUCAUCUCUGAAUAGCCCAAGGCACCUUGCAAAAGGCCCAGGCCUUGCAUGGGGCAGCUCAGCGCAGCUGCUUCGGUCCCAGCAGACCUUGAAAACAUGCAAACCCUAUCAGCUUCCCACUCAGAUGCAAGGGGAUGCCUGUGCCUGCCUCCUGUGCAUGCUCUUGGGCCUUCUUAUUAUAUUCCCCCCUCCUUUCUGAAGCUGCCAUGGAAGGAAGGUGCCCCGCCCAUGCUGCUGAGCCCCGCCCAUGCCUCUGAGCCCCACCUGCCCUUUGUAGUCUGUGCACCGUGAGUCCAUGGGUCUUAGACUCCUUGUAGAAGAGAUGAACUCACUGCUUCUCCAUGCUCCACCCACCCUCACAGCAAACUCCUAGCUCUACAAGGGUAUUUAUUUAUGUAUUUAUUUAUUUAUGCAUUUAUUUAUUUAUUUAUUUAUAAAUAUUACUAUUUAUUACUGAGUUAUGCACUUUGGGGUAUGGUGAGGGGGGCUCCCUGCAGCUAACUCUAGCUGGGACCAUCCUUUCUCCUGGUACCUUCUUUCCUUUUCUUGCUCCUUCUCCAAUGCAGGUGUGUGUGGGGAUCCCUUCACCCAGCAUACCAGCACCCUUUCCUCAGCUCCGUCCCCACCCCCUUUCCUCUGGAAUAGUGCCCCUCCCCCAGCCUCCCACCUUCUGGGUGCCCUCUCUCAACCCCUCCAUCCCUGGCAGUCCCGCUCCAGUCCUACCCACCUCCAUUCCUCUUAUUGACUCUGCUUUUCCCAAUACCACCAAGAGCAGACCCCAGAGUCCAGGUCUGGUGUCCUGUGUGUAAGUCUCUCUCUGGUUA